UUAUUAUUGUUAUGUGUACAAUAAUAAUACACAAGUUGCUUAGCUGUUGUUUGCAUAUGAUUUUCAACACUGUUUAAACAUUAUUUUUGGGUUUCAAGUUGACGAAAGCGACCAAAAAAAGAAAAGAAGUGAAAAAGCAAACAACUUGAUAAAAUACUUAAACACACACACACACAGAGAGAGAGAAGCACUUGGUGCAUAUGUGUGUGUUGGUAUUUGAAUUGCCAGAUAUAUUUUUUUACGAUCUAUUACGAAACGUGCAACUAUUAAUCUUAAUAAAUACUAAUUGGAUACAAUACGCGCACGAGGCACACGAUCAAUCCAGAGAGAUCAGCAGCAACAACAGCAACAACAACAAUUCAGCAGCCAAUUGAUGCGCGUCAUGCAGCUUGAACGUCACAGCGGCAGCGCAGCUGGAAGCCAUAGAAAAACGCAUCAAAAGCAGCAGGCAACAGCCAAAAUGUGUUCCCGCAACAUAAAGAUCUCGGUGGUGCUGUUUCUUGUCUUGAUACCCAUAUUCACAGCGUUGCCACAUAAUCACAAUUUGUCGAAGCGCAGCAAUUUCUUCGAUCUGGAAUGCAAGGGCAUCUUCAACAAGACCAUGUUCUUUCGCCUAGAUCGCAUCUGUGAGGAUUGCUACCAAUUGUUCCGUGAGACGAGUAUACAUCGACUAUGCAAGAAAGACUGCUUUGAUUCCAAAUGGUUUGGCGAAUGCGUUAAAGUGCUUUUAACACCAACAGAAGAAAUAACAAAUUUACAACAUUUUAUAAAAGUAGUAAAUGGCUCGCCCAUAUCAUUCAACAUGGCGCCGGUUACAUAACUCUAAGUGGUUGGUUAGAACCACCACCGAAUACCACCAGAAACCACUCACACACACACACACACACACACAUCCACCUAUCCGCAGUUACACACGCAGCCACACACAUGCACACACUCACGCGAUACACACAAAGAAAUGGAAGAACAAGUUCAAGAGAUUCCAGUUCGCAUAUGGUUCGGUUCGGAACUUGAACCACACAUCCGAAGUAUCUGAACAACAACAACAACAAGAACAGAAGCAACAAGAGCAACUACAAUAACUACAAGCAGAACAACAAAUUAAAUGUUUAACGCCCAAAUUUAAUUCGUACUUAUUUAUUACUGUAUGCCUUACAGUUUUUACUAUAUGUGUUUUUUAAAAAACGAAUUAUUUUAAUUAA